AGCGUGUCCUAUAUCUGUACCAAGCACAGCCACGCCAUGGAAUCCGUGAUUGGCCUCCAUUUUUCCACCCUCCCCAGUCCUUCCGUUCGGAUGCCUUCUGGCUUCCAUGCUGCAAGAGCUACCAAACCCCAUUUAAGGCUAAGCCAUUCUUCUCUUUCACUCCCUAAGGAUCCCAGAUCCCUCUCACUUGGCCACAACUCUUCUCUUUCACUCCCUCAGAGUUCUGGGGGCCGCCCACUUGACCACAUUAUUGGUCCUAUAUCUUGCAUGGUAGAUGGUUCACUGCCUCCUAUUCAUAACAGAGAUCACAGAGGAGCAGCAAAUGUGCCUUGGGCCUCUCGUUUUCUUAGGAACGUCGGUUGGGGCAAUAGGUCAAACCACAAAGCCAAAGCAGGGUCGGAUGGUGGGAGCCUUCAAUCGGACAAUGCUAAACAGCUUUUCGACAUGGUAAAACGGGUGCUGCUGUCUCAGCCUAUUAAUUUAGCCGAACUCCACAAUCAAAUUAUUGACACAGUAAACGAGCUCAACUCUUCUCAGAAGUAUAAUUUAGCUCUGGAACUACUGAAGGCAUAUGAACCAUGUGUCUCAGAUGAACAGUCGCUUUCCUAUUUCAGAUUACAUAUGAUAAAAACUCUCUGCUAUCAAGAAAAAUACCAAGAAGCCUCCAACUAUUGGAUACAACUUUAUGAUAUGGAGAACUAUCGACAAAUCCUGCAUCAAUUGUCUUCCAAGAUGAAGCCAUUUAUAUUGUACGAGUUGAGUCGAGAUAAGAAUGCAAUUGACAAAUUCGUUGAGUUUGACAAGAAGGGAGAUCAAUCGAUGCCACCCAACGAGCCUGACCUCAUGAAUUGAGAGACUUGAAGAAAAUGAAAAUAUAGUUUUAGUGCUCUUUACUUCUAUUAAUUAAUAAGAUAUGAGAUAACUAUAUUCUUUUGUAUUUGGGUUUUGGUGUUUCAACUUUUUGCGUCUUAUAAUUUUCAUCAAAGUAUCCAAGACCUUCAUGGUUGUCCUGAAAUUUUCAUUUGAGCAUAUAUCUUUAAGAUUUUUGUUCAAAAAUUGUAGUUUUAACUGCGCUUUCUCUAUUUCUUUUAGAUCAUUUUAUCCUUUUAUUUUUUA